AUGUUUAUGUUGCCCGAACUUAUAGUGAAUGAGACCGAGAAGCCUGCAGAAGAAAGAGUAUUGUGGUAUGGAAUAAUUUUAGCAGUACUUUUGUUUCUGUUUGGUCAGUUGAAUGCUGUGUUUUACAUUCAUUCAUCACAAAUCAUGGUCACUUUAGGAUUAAAAGUCAAAACAGCACUAAUUGGUGUCAUUUACAGAAAGACAUUGAAAGUAAGCAGCAAUGUGAGAAAAGAUUACACAGUUGGAGAAGUUGUCAACCUGGUUUCAGUGGACUGUCAACGUAUCCAAGAUGCAUUCUCCUAUGCCCAUGAGAUAUUGUCAUUCUUUUUUAUAAUGAUAGUUGGUGUGUAUGAACUGUGGAAUGUAAUGGGAGCUGCUACAUUAGGAUGCUUACUGGUCAUAUUUAUUCUCACUUGUCUAAAUGCUCUUUUUGGAAAAUUACAACAGAAAUACAUGAUGAACAUUUUAUAUUACAAGGGAAAACGAUGUAAACUAUUAAAUGAAAUCAUAUUUGGAAUGAAGGUUAUAAAAAUGUACGCUUGGGAACCAUAUUUUUCGAAAAAGAUUCGAGCAAUCAGAUUGAAAGAAAUGGCUAUACUUCGCAAAAUAGCACGUGUAACAGCAUGUUCAAUUAUUUGUGCAGCACACAGUCCUUUUAUGAUGAACCUUUCCAUUUUACUGAUAUAUACCCUAACAUCUACCACAGAACCAUUUAAUGCUGCAAAAGCUUUUCUAGCAUUGUCCGUUGUCAAUAUAUUAAGGUUCCCACUGACAAUGAUCCCCUUUGUUAUCACAGGAGUUAUACAGGCAUUUGUUUCUACCAAGAGAAUCCAAAAGUUUUUAUUGACAGACGAUGUCAAUCCACACAAUGUUCAAUACAUUACAGCAUCAGAUUACGCUGUGCGUAUACAGAAUGGCAGUUUUACAUGGGAGAAAAAUACAGAUAGACCAACAUUAGGUGGAAUAAACGUCAACAUCAUGGAAGGAAAACUUAUAGCCGUCGUAGGUCAAGUGGGAUCUGGUAAAUCAUCUUUUAUAGCAAGCAUCUUAGGAGAGAUGGAAAAACUUGAAGGUGAAGUUUUAGUAAAAGGUUCUGUGGCAUACAUUUCACAAGAAGCAUGGAUACAAAAUUUGACGGUUAGAGAUAACAUUUUAUAUGGACAUACACUCAGUGAGAGGAAAUACAACAGAGUCAUUGAAGGUUGUUGUCUGAAAACAGAUCUUGAAAUCUUAUCUGCUGGGGAUAUGACUGAAAUAGGUGAAAGGGGAAUCAACGUCAGCGGAGGUCAGAAACAGAGAAUUAACCUUGCAAGGGCAGUAUACAGUAACUGCGACAUCUACUUGUUUGAUGAUCCGCUUAGCGCUGUCGAUUCACACGUUGGUAAAGAUUUAUUCAAAAAGGUCAUUGGACCAGAUGGGAUGUUGAGAAAUAAGACAAGGAUUUUGGUUACACAUGGGGUUCACUGGUUACCUAAAGUAGAUGAAAUCAUAGUCAUGGAUAAUGGUCGUAUAUCAGAACAAGGCACUUUUCAACAGCUCGUUCAACAUAACGGCCCUUUUGCACAAUUUCUGCAAGUGUAUCUCCUGCAAGAUGAAUCACUGGACGAAGAAGAUGACCACGAAAUAAGUAAAAUAAAAGAUGAUCUCUGGGAUCAGGUAGAAGUUGUGACGUCUGAUGGUGGGUUUACAACAGAUGACAACGUUUUUAUACAAGAAGGUUUAUCUCGGCGACAAUCUUUCAGACGACUUUCAAGACAAAACAGUACUAUAAAAACAGAUGGAAGUCUAUCUUCGACUAUGAUAGCAGCCUCAAUGACCAGGCGGCAAUCAAAAUCAAGACGGGAAUCCAAAGCAAAAUUAUUCAGACAGUCAUCAAAAAUUGAUCCACCAUUAGCUGUGGGUGUAGAAGGCCAACUCAUUCAGGAAGAAACCGCACAAGAAGGAUCGGUCAAAUUAUCAGUUUUGAUAGAAUAUGCUAAAGCUAUGGGAUUGCCAGCUGCUUUCAUAGUGUUCAUAGCCUUAGUAACACAACAAGGACUGAAUAUCUAUCAAAACGUUUGGAUAACUUUUUGGACAGAGGACAGUUACCUUAAAAAUGCGUCUUUGAUCCAUACCCAGAAAUAUGCAGACAAAAAAUAUUACUACCUGGGCAUGUAUGCUCUUCUUGGAAUUUUGCAAGGUAUUGCACUAUUCCUGUUUGGAAUAGUAGCAUUUACAAAAUUCGUUAAGGCAACUGGUAAUCUACAUGACAGAGGCCUCGACUGUAUAUUCCGAUCACCAAUGUCAUUUUUCGACACGACUCCUGUCGGCAGGGUUAUGAACCGUUUCAGCAGCGAUAUAGAUAUUAUGGAUGAUAGAUUUCCAAGAACAUUCCGCACUAUGGCAGUGAUGGGAUUUAUACUUAUUGGCACAGUAAUCGCUAUAGUUGUGGCUACACCAUUAUCCGUGGCUGUCAUCAUACCAAUGUUAAUAUUGUACAUUAUUGUUAUUAAACUGUACAUCCCUUCCGCUCGCCAGCUUAAAAGGAUAGAAUCUGUUACUAGGUCACCUGUAUUUAACCAUUUCAGUGAAACUAUAUCUGGUGCAAGCAUAAUUCGGGCUUACAAAUCAGUAAACAGAUUUAAAGAAGAAAUAUAUAGACGUUUAGAUACUAAUGCGACUUUCUAUUAUGCAGCCAAUGUUGGGAUGGGAUGGGUUAGUGUUUUCAUUGAAUUAUUGGGGAAUUUAAUUCUUUUAGCUGUCGCGAUGUUUGGCAUUAUGUCUACUGAUGUAAACGGUGGGGACAUCGGACUAGCAUUAACGUAUGCUGUUCAGAUAAUCAUUGCUAUGAAUAUUGUAGUCAGAGGAGUGAGUGAAAUGCAGAUGAACGUAGUAUCCAUUGAAAGAUGUGAAGAAUAUACGCAUUUACCUCCUGAGGCAGAUUGGAUACAAAGACAAAGACCUCCGUUAGAGUGGCCACAGAAAGGAACAAUACAGUUUUGUAAUUACAAAACACGUUAUAGAUCCGGGCUGGAACUGGUUUUAAAUGGAAUUAAUUGUAAUAUUCGAAAUGGGGAACGGGUAGGCAUUGUCGGUAGGACGGGGGCAGGUAAAUCAUCUCUGACGCAGGCUCUGUUCAGACUUAUAGAACCAGCAGAAGGUUCGAUAGUUAUUGAUGAUAUUACAACUACAACAAUAGGUUUACAUGACCUCAGGCGAAAGAUAACAAUACUACCUCAGGAUCCAGUCUUAUUUUCGGAUACAUUGAGAGUGAACCUAGAUCCGUUAGAGAAGUUCUCAGACAAUGAGUUAUGGAAAGCACUGGACCGUGCUCAUUUAAAAGAAUAUGCCAUGAAUCAGUCAGGACAGCUUAUGUCAGAACUCGGCGAAGGUGGAAGUAAUUUAAGUGUUGGUCAGAGACAAUUAGUUUGUUUAGCUCGAACACUGCUUCACAAAACAAAUAUAUUAAUCCUUGAUGAGGCAACAGCUGCUGUAGAUAUGGAAACAGAUGAUUUAAUCCAACAGACAAUAAGUGACGAAUUCGCUGAGUGCACCAUAUUAUCAAUAGCCCACAGAUUAAAUACAGUCAUGGACUACGACAGGAUCAUGGUUAUGGAUAAAGGGAUGAUCGUAGAAUUUGAUGAACCUGACAAUCUUCUUAAGAAUGUCAAUGGAACGUUCUAUUCAAUGGCAAAGGAUGCAGGUUUAGUUUGAAAUAAUGAAAACACCCGACAAUUGAGAAAAAGACAUUUUUAAAAGAUAGAAAGGCCUAUAACUUGUCAUUAACCAUUCCAAAUAUUAUUGAAAUGGUUUUACUCAUUAGAACAGUGCAUUUUUAUUGUAUUUAAACGGAAUAUUAAUAUAUAUUAUGUAAUGUUUGUACUGUAAAUUUAUGAAUAUUGUGAAAACCACAUGUAUCAAAUUUCCUACGUCACAUGUUGCUUCUCAUUGAAUGUAGUGCACCUUUGUUGAAGAUCAAGGCAACAGUAACGAUCUUAUAUAUUGACAGAAAAGUUAAAAAAAAAUUGUAUUAUUAUGAAUUCACCUUUGCAGGUGCAUUGUCCUUGAAAAUACGUGUAUUCAUCAAAAGACAAAGCUGUAACAGUUGUGAUACUAAAAUUAUAGAAGAAUCAACAUCAACUAUGAAAAUGCUCUAACUGAAAAAAAUUAUUAUAUGUGACCAAAAUGUAUGAGAUGGAGAAGGAAAAAGAGAAGUAUAAUAAGGCCUAUUUUGGCCCUUUGGAUCCGAAAAACCAAAUAUACUACAAAUAUCUCAAAUAACAUCCUUUAUAUGUUCACAUCCUUUAUAUGUUUAUAAGUUUACUAGACAUUAAUUUGGCAGGUAUCAAUUUUAAUUCUUGCAUUGUUGCUGACACAUUUCCUUUCAAGUUUCCAAAGUAGCCCCAUUUUUAGAUCUUGUCAUUUCUAUUUAGUUGUUCACAUAUGAACCAAAGGCUUACCAAGACAUACUUUUCUGCAACAUGACUUAUGCAAAGAUGUUAAUUUUCGUAAAAUAUCUUUUGGUGCAACAUGUACACCUUUUUUCAAAAUUUGAACACGUUAUGACGUCGUAACUUGAGAUCACAUUUGACAUUUUUGUAUAUAGAGUUGCAAGAUUAUAUUCAUUUAUCAAUAAAAAUUAAAUAUUU